UCUUAGAACUAUUUUAUUGACAUUUCAAGACUGUUCUUGUUGUGUUAAGUUUGUGAUACUUCAGGUUCUUAGAUUACUAUCUAACGGGUCCAAGUCCUUAAACAUUGAACGUAUAAGGUUUGGGUUUAUACUCUUUUAGUAUAAGUUCUUCCUUGUUCCUUGUUAUAUUCAAAUUUCUACCAUCACAAAUUCCAUUACCUCAUCUAUCAAUUAUCAUUCCUUAUUCAAAUUUCGUUCAUAACCAUAUCCAUAUAACCCCAACAUCAUCCUUAAUAUCGAGUAAGUUUGCUGCCGAGGAAUUGCUUACUUCGUUCUAGAUCCGGUACAAUCGAAGAAGUCCUCAAUCGACGGACUGACUCGUAUCAUAUGGUAAUCAGAGCAAAGGUGAACCAAGUAAGAAAUUCAUCUUGAAAAAAAAAGAGAAUUCCGAAAAUUAAAAAAAAACAAAUUCCGAAAAUUAAAAAAAAAAAAGAAAAAAGAAAAGUUCUGGUCUUGAGAUGAAGAGAAAUGCUAUAAUGUUGUGUUCUUCAAUAUUGAAAUGCUUUGAGCUUUGAUUCAAUCCAAAAUGCAAUAACUUUGAUUGUAUUGGUGACAGUCUCGUUGUAAGCAUUUCUAUGUAGUAAGUUUACUAAUUAUUUUCAUCUUCCUUUCUUUAUUUUCCUUUGAAUUUUUAGGCUUCAUUUCAUUAUUUUCCAGUUUCUUUUAAUCUUUAUUAUUUCCUAUAGCCGACACACUUGACAGAUAUUUUUGAAAGAUCGAAUUUAGUUCGUAAAAGAACUGACUACGAGGGAACGAGUGGAAAAGGCACAUUGAGUGUGUGAGAUCAGAAGGGGAGAUAGAAAAGAGCCAUUAAAAGUUUCUCCCGAGUGAAACACGAGUGUUGAGUGAUUGAGUGUCAAUUCUGAUUUCUUUGGAGCGAAAUUGUGAGAAUCUUUGUGUGUAUAUUGUAAGGACCUAUAUACAUUAAUUAUCUUCUUUGUGUGUUGUUUUGUUUUAUUUGAUUAAUAUGGCAGGCUCUAGUGAUAACCAUCCGGGUGACCAACCACCAAAUUUGCAAAUACAAGCCAUUACAUGUGAGAUACAAAGGAUGAUAAGGGCUGAACUUGAGACUCUACAUUCUAGAAUGGAUAAGAUUGAAGGAGAAUCUCAAACGCAUCAUAAUGAAGAGAUUAAUGAUGAAAACGAAAUUGACCAACCUCUAAGACCAAAUCAGAGACAUGGACGUACACUUGAUGAUAAUUUGGCUAAUAUAAAAGUUGCGAUUCCAUAUUUUCAGGGACGAACAGAUCCCGAUGCAUAUUUGGCAUGGGAGAGUAACGUUGAGCAUGUUUUUGAGUGUUAUAAUUACUCGAAACAAAAGAAGGUUCGUUUGGCAGCAAUGGAGUUUGUUGAUUACGCUCUCAUUUGGUGGGAUCAAUUGUUGAUCAGUAGACGAAGAACCGGGUAAUCAAAGUGUUGAAGAUUAUUUCAAGGAAAUGGAAAUGGCCAUGAUGCGUGCAAACAUGGAGGAA